AUGGAGAAGAAUAAUAUGAAUGCAAUCAGACUUAACACUGCAGGUUUGUGGAUGGUGUUUGCAAUAAUAAUGAGCUUUAUUAGUCAUUUUGAAGUUGCCGAUGCAUCUGAUCCAUCUCCUCUUCAGGAUUUUUGUGUGGCUGUUGACGACCCUUAUUCCGCAGUUAUUGUGAAUGGGAGGUUUUGCAAGAAUCCAAAAGAUGUGAAAAUUGAAGAUUUGGUGUACAAAGGGUUUAACAUACCCGGAGACACAAACAACACACAAGGAGCAGAAGCCACACUAGUGGAUGUGAAUAGGUUCUCAGCACUUAACACACUUGGUGUAUCAAUGGCUCGCAUAGACUUUGGCCCCUUUGGCCUAAACACCAUUCAUUCACAUCCCCGUAGCUCAGAGAUCUUCGCCGUACUAGAAGGAACUCUCUAUGUAGGCAUUGUUACCACAGAUUACAAGCUCUAUGACACGGUGUUGAGAAAGGGUGAUAUGAUUGUUUUCCCACAAGGUCUAAUCCAUUUCCAACUUAAUCUUGGGAAAACAAAUGCUUUUGCUAUUGCCUCUUUUGGAAGCCAAAAUCCUGGACGUAUUAACGUUGUUGAUGGUUUGUUUGGAACUAUGCCUCGGAUUUUGGAUGAUGUUCUUACCAAGGCCUUUCAGGUGGAUGACACACUGAUUGAACGGCUCCGUUCCCAGUUUUCCAGGCAAAAUUUAUCAAUCAACACUACCGGAAGAUCAAUUCUUCAGUUGUUCGCUCAAACUACAAAUGAUUGUACCAAUUGAUUUCGUCGCUACUUAACAAAUAAUCAAGAUGAAUCUUAUUGUCAAACUAUAAUUUCACUUGCCGUUUAGAUUCUUUUUC